GGUUAGCAAUGGCAACCUAGUUCAAGCGUCCAUGCGUGUGUUGUUGACAUUUGUUAUUUCAUCUUUAGUGUAUUGUCAUCAUUUAGGUUAUGAAAAAUGUCGAGAUUAAUAGUCAAAAACCUUCCAAACGGGAUGAAAGAGGAGCGGUUUAAGGGGAUGUUUGCUGCCUUUGGAACCCUGACCGACUGCGACCUGAAGUUCACCAAGGAUGGCAAGUUUCGCAAGUUCGGAUUUGUGGGCUUCAAGACUGAAGAGGAUGCAGACAAGGCUCUGAAACAUUUUAAUAAAAGCUUUGUGGACACGUCCAGAGUAACGGUGGAGAUGUGCAAAUCUUUUGGGGACCCCACUAAGGCCAGAGCCUGGAGUAAACACACCCGUGUCUCAGCUAAAGGCCCUGUGGAGAAUGUUAAGGAGAAGAAAAAGGAAUCAUCCAAUAUUCUAGGCAAGCUGGAGGAUGAUGAGGGUUUCCAGGAGUUUGUAUCAGUGCAUCAGAAUCGUAAGCAGGUCCCUGUCUGGGCCAAUGACACGCUGCCCCAAUCAGCAGCCUCUGACAUAGGCAAGGAGAAGAAGAGGAAGAAGAAGCCUGACUCGGAUGAUUACCUUAACUUUGACUCUGAUGAGUCCGAUGAGGAACAGGAGGAGGAGGAGGAGGUGGAGGAGGAGGAGGAGGAUGAGGGAAACCAAGGUGCUAGUAAGGAGGCCCUGAAGUCAGGCCUGUCUGAUAUGGACUACCUGCGUUCCAAAGUGGCUCAUACAGAGGUUGCUGAGGAGGAUGGAGACAAGUCUGUCCAUUUGAUGCAGACUGACAGUUCUUAUGAGAGUGGAGACAAAGACAGUAAUCGGAAGGUCACAGCACCAACCCCUUCACUGGAUAAAAGCCCGGGCAAGCCUGGCAAAAAGCAGGAGACCGAGCCCACCACUGAGUUCACAGUGAAACUGAGAGGAUGUCCUUUCAAUGUCAAAGAGCAACAAGUUCGAGAGUUCAUGACUCCUCUGAAGCCUGUAGCCAUUCGAAUCCUUAAGAACACAACAGGAAACAGAACCGGGUAUAUAUAUGUGGACCUGCACUCAGAGGAGGAAGUGAAAAAAGCUCUGAAGAAGAACAAAGAUUACAUGGGGGGGCGCUAUAUUGAGGUGUUUCCAACACGCGGCAGGGGUGAGUGGCAGUCAGAGAGGCGGGAGAAAGUGAGUGAGAGGAGCUUCACCCGGGAGCUAAAGGAGGAUGAAGUGGAAGAAGAUAUAGCAGAGUCAGGAAGACUCUUUAUAAGAAACCUGCCCUACACCUGCACAGAAGAGGAGCUUCAAGACCUCUUUUCCAAGCACGGUCCUCUGUCUGAGGUGGUCUUCCCCAUUGACAAUCUGACCAAGAAGCCUAAAGGGUUUGCCUUUGUCUCUUACAUGAUCCCUGAGAACGCAGUGACAGCUCUGGCUGAGCUGGAUGGACACAUAUUCCAGGGUAGGAUUCUGCACCUUCUUCCAUCCACUCUGAAGAAGGAGAAGUCUGAUGGUGCCCACUCCGGCCCAGGCUCAUCCUCCUACAAACGCCAGAAAGAUGCCAAGGACAAAGCAGCUAGUUCCAGCUCCCAUAACUGGAACACGCUGUUUCUGGGUACCAGUGCUGUCGCAGAUGCUAUUGCUGAAAAAUACAACACCACCAAGAGCCAAGUCCUGGACCAUGAGUCCAAGGGGAGUGUAGCAGUGAGGAUGGCUCUGGGAGAGACUCAGAUUGUCCAGGAGACUCGCCAAUUCCUGCUAGAUAACCACGUCUGUCUGGACUCCUUCAGUCAGGCAGCAGGGCCUCGAAGCACAUGUGUGUUCCUGGUGAAGAACCUUCCAGCGGGGGUGACGGUCGGAGACCUGGAGGCGUUGUUCUCGCCACAUGGCACCCUGGGUAGAGUACUGCUUCCACCUGCAGGCUUAACUGCCAUCAUAGAAUACCUGGAGCCUACAGAGGCCAAACGAGCCUUCACAAGACUGGCAUAUAGCAAGUUCCAGCACAUCCCCUUAUACCUAGAGUGGGCGCCGAUAGGAGUGUUCUCAGCUCCCGUGCCCAGCAAGACACUUCAAUCUGUACCAGAACCCACCUCGAAAACCACAGAACAGGAGGAGGAGGAAGCAGAAGAAGAAGAAGAAGAAGCAGAAGCAGGAUCUACACUCUUCAUCAAGAACCUUAACUUUACUACAACAGAGGAGACAUUGCGAGAGACUUUCUCCAAAUGUGGCACAGUGAAGUCCUGUACCAUCUCCCAAAAAAAAGACAAGUCUGGUCGGCUCUUGUCGAUGGGCUAUGGCUUUGUCACCUAUCAGACGAAGAAGGCAGCAGAGAAGGCCUUAAGGCAGCUACAGCACUGUAGUGUGGAUGAUCACCAGUUGGAGUUGAAAGUUUCUGAGAAAGCCACCAAGUCUACGGUAGUGUCUCGUAAGAAGCAGGCCGAGAAGAAACAGACCAGCUCUAAGAUCCUUGUACGCAAUGUCCCCUUCCAGGCCACUGUCAGGGAGAUACGAGAGCUCUUCUGCACCUUUGGGGAACUGAAAACGGUUCGUCUGCCAAAGAAGGUGUCUGGUACUGGGACCGGGGCUCAUCGUGGGUUUGGUUUCGUAGACUUCCUAACAAAACAGGAUGCCAAGAAAGCAUUCUCAGCGUUGUGCCACAGCACCCAUCUGUAUGGGCGACGGCUGGUUCUAGAGUGGGCAGAUGCCGAAGAUACUGUGGAGACCCUACGUAGAAAAACAGCAGAGCAUUUCCACGACACCACUAAGAAGAAACGGAAAACUGAGGUAAUGGAGGAGAUUAUGGAGACGUUAGAAACUGGAGGGACGGAGGAUGACUGAGUCCCUAACCACAACCCAACCCUGUGGCCCAUGCGGGAAUGAUUGACUGCAUCGUCAAGACCUGAGUGAAAGGAGAACUAAUCCGAUAGAGCGAAAAGUGGCUGAAGGAUAAUGUUUUGUCAGUAAUUCUGCACAGAACCUUUUCAAGCGAAUUCUCUCAAUCAUACAGAAGGACUUUGACAGAGCGUUUUUUUUUUAACAAGUGUGUGCACAAAUUUGUCAGUAAGAUAGGUCUGUCAGUGAUGUGGGACUGAUGACAGUGUGAUUGAUUCAUAGUAAACAAUUACAUGUUAACCAUUU